CACAUGACCUGCGCUCUGUCAGUCGGGACGGCCACAGCCGGUUUCCCUGUGGUGUCUCGGCGGCCCCAGCUUGUCCUGGGGCUAGCGCUCUCGGCGUCUUCUCCGCUCCCUCCAGCUCACACCCACGCUCCUGGACCUCUGCAGACCGCGCGUGCAGGACCGGAUCUAACUCAUUAAUUAUUGAAGAUUUGUUGAAAAAGUUCAAGACUACAAAUUUAGAUGACCAAAAUGGAUAUCCGAGGUGCUGUGGAUAAUGCUGUCCCAACAAACAUCAUUGCUGCCAAGGCUGCAGAAGUUCGGGCCAACAAAGUCAACUGGCAAUCCUAUCUUCAGGGACAGAUGAUUUCAGGUGAAGAUUGUGAAUUUAUUCAAAGGUUUGAGAUGAAAAGAAGUCCAGAGGAGAAGCAAGAAAUGCUUCAAAAUGAAGGCAGCCAGUGUGCCAAAACAUUUAUAAACCUGAUGACUCAUAUCUCCAAAGAACAGACAGUUCAAUACAUACUAACCCUGGUUGAUGAUAUGCUUCAGGAAAAUCACCAACGAGUUAGUAUUUUCUUUGAUUAUGCUAAACGUAGCAAGACUACAGCAUGGUCCUACUUUCUGCCAAUGUUGAAUCGCCAGGAUCUUUUCACUGUCCACAUGGCAGCAAGAAUUAUUGCCAAAUUGGCCGCGUGGGGAAAAGAAUUGAUGGAAGGCAGUGACUUAAAUUAUUAUUUCAACUGGAUAAAAACUCAACUGAGUUCACAGAAACUGAGUGGUAGCGGGAGUGCUGUUGAAACAGGAACGGUCUCUACAAGUGAGUCUUCCCAGUAUGUUCAGUGUGUUGCUGGAUGUCUUCAGUUGAUGCUUCGUGUUAAUGAAUAUCGCUUUGCGUGGGUAGAAGCUGAUGGGGUUAACUGUAUAAUGGGAGUUUUGAGUAACAAAUGUGGCUUCCAACUCCAGUAUCAAAUGAUUUUCUCAAUAUGGCUACUGGCAUUUAGCCCUCAAAUGUGUGAACAUCUUCGUCGAUAUAACAUUAUUCCUGUUCUGUCUGAUAUCCUUCAAGAAUCUGUUAAAGAAAAAGUGACUAGAAUCAUUCUUGCUGCAUUCCGGAACCUUUUAGAAAAAUCAAUUGAAAGGGAAACUCGCCAAGAAUAUGCCCUGGCUAUGAUUCAGUGCAAAGUUCUGAAACAGUUGGAGAACUUGGAGCAGCAAAAGUAUGAUGAUGAAGAUAUAAGUGAAGAUAUAAAGUUUCUUUUGGACAAACUUGGUGAAAGUGUCCAGGAUCUUAGCUCAUUUGAUGAAUACAGUUCAGAACUCAAAUCGGGAAGGCUGGAAUGGAGCCCUGUUCACAAAUCAGAGAAAUUUUGGAGGGAGAAUGCUGCGAGGUUAAAUGAAAAGAACUAUGAGCUGUUGAAGAUCUUGACAAAACUUCUGGAGGUGUCAGAUGAUCCACAGGUCUUAGCUGUUGCUGCUCAUGAUGUGGGAGAAUAUGUACGACAUUACCCACGAGGCAAACGGGUUAUUGAGCAGCUUGGUGGGAAGCAGCUGGUGAUGAACCACAUGCAUCAUGAGGACCAGCAGGUUCGCUAUAAUGCUCUUCUGGCUGUGCAGAAGUUAAUGGUUCACAACUGGGAAUAUCUUGGUAAACAACUACAGUCGGAACAACCUCAAACAGCUACUGCAAGAAGUUGAAUAGAGAUGUCCAUUUUCAAAAUUUCCACCUCUCCAUACAGUGGCAUAACUGGAGUAUGAAUCUUAAUAUUUAGAUUCAAGAGUACAUGAUUUUAUUUGUAGUGUUCAUCUCCUGCUAUGCAGAUAUUUCUUCUCCUCAGUUUCUUUUUUUUCUUAUGCUGUCUCCUAGUCAAAGUGAUUGUUAAGUUGUAUCAUUUGAAUAAUUUUAACAAUUGCUGUUUAAAAAGCUAGUCUCCUUUCCCAUAUCUGCAAAAAUAUAGCUAUUCCAUGUAUUGCCUUUGUUUUCUAUAUUUAUUGUUGUCUUGAAAUGAAUAUAGAUAUUAAAAGAUAAACAUUCCAGAAUGUUCUUGUCAAAACAUCUUCUCCAAAUAUUUUUCUUUCCUGCCUUUUCAGAGAUUGAAUGUUUCAAACAUUCUCCUUGUGCUUUAGAAUCAUUAUUAUCCUAAAGUGAAUCCUUAAAAAGUUAUUGUAAAAUAGUGCAAAGAAAAAAUUUACCUCUUUUAGAUGUUUAUAAAGAAUGGUCAGUUUUAAAAGUUGGGCUUCAAAAACGGGUGUUGGGGUUCAAAAAAAGGAAGAGGACGUUCCAGGAAUAGUGAAUCAAUGGUACAAGCAUGCUCUGUGGAGUAAAGAAGGGACAGAGAAUAGUCCAAUUUGGGUGGAGCAUAAACUCUAUAAAUGAGAAUAAUAUGAGAAGGCUAAAAAAGCCUUGCAGGAGGUAAUAGAGUGAUUUUGGGAGGUAGAAAAAUAGCCCUAUUAAAGUAGUAUUUUAGAAAAAAUUCACUUGAUAACCUUAGAGAAUCUGGAGGCAGGGAGACAUUAGAAGGUUAUUGUCUGAACCAAAAAAGACCACAAAUUGCAUCUUGAUGGUGGGACCUGAAAGGAUGAAAAUGAGUAUGAUUGCUAAUAGAAAAAUAAUUCUCAUUUGAGCUGCACAAUAGCCCAAUGAAGUAAAUUCUACAGAUUUUAUCAUCUUCAUUUUACAGAUGAAGGAACUUGAGCUUAGAGAAUUUAAGUCACUUGGCCAUGGACAUACAGCCAGUGAGUAUGAGAUCCUCUCCUUAAGUCCAGCAGUCUUUAUAUACCACACUGCCUCUCAAUGAACAAAUGUUGUCCAAAGUCUAGAAAAAUAUUUUUUCCAUAGAGGUAGGGGAGAGGCCCUGGACUUGUGAUUUUAGUGGCACAGGGAACUCCUAGGUGAGCAAAGACUUUCUACCAGUGCAGGUUGACACCUCUAGAGAGCCCUGAGAGAUUAAAUGGUUUGCCCAGGGUCACACAGUCAGUGUGAGAGAAGCAGCAGGACUUGACCCAAAAUCUUCCUGGCUUUAAGACUGGUUCUUUGUACAUCACACCAAAUGUUAUUUCUCUAGCUGUAAGCAAACAUUUAUAAUUUUACUUUUUAGUUCUGAAUUUAAUGAACAACCCCGCCCCCCAAAAGAAAGACACUUCUAUAUACAAAAUAGAACAGAAAAAGGAUUGUUAGAAAAAUCUAAAACAAAAAUCUACUACAAGAGUAAAUGAAGGAAAGCCUUUAUUAUGCUUCUCAUGAGAAGCGGGCACACCAUACUCUAGUAGCAUGUGCACACUGGUAUAGUGGUAGAAUCAACUUUUAAAUGGUUAGUAAGAUCCAUACUUCAACCACGUGAGCCUAAGAUUGACUAGCUCAUCUGAGUUACACUCUUCCUGAAUAGCCCAUCCCAUGUUCCUCCAUGUCAUGUUAGUUCGUGCAUCCUAUAUAUCCCAUGUUCAAAAAUGGCGGCUAGCUCUGCCCUCGGGGUGUGUCAGUUAAUAUUUAAUUAACUUAUUAAGUAAGCAGCAAUGGAGAAAAGUUCCUUGACCCCACAGGUUGCAACCAGUUUAGCCUCCAGGGCUCUGUCUUAAGGAACUAGUUGUUUGCAGAAUGUUUGGGGCAUUUCUGAUUGGUUGAAGGACUAUCCACAAGAUCUUGGAAGUCCUUCUCAGAAUCCCCUUGUUCUGUGUGGGGAAGCCUAACUCCUAAUCCUUUCUCACAGGAUGAUAUAUGAAACUGUGGGUCUUUAGUCAUACUGCUUGCUUGUAAAAAAGUAUAUAAUAAAUUCAACAUGUUACUUUCAAAGCUGA